GCACAGUACAUGUACAUUUGUCCAAGGAAUGGAAAGUCACACACAGAGAGACAUGCAGUCACCAUUGGUGGAUUUUUACUGUGUAGACAGUCUCUUCAGUACCUCACAAAUUCGGAUGGAUUUUCACAUCAGUGUUAGUGUGACAGCUUAAAAGAAACAAUAUACUGGAUUUGUUGGUUAGCAGCAGAUUUAUGGAAUCACAUUGUCUAUUCAAAUGGAGGCUACGUCACCGACCAUGGAAUUUGCUACUUGAAUAUCUACAUCAAAGAAUCCCUCUCACCGCAGGAGAUUAAUUUCUGUGGAAAAUGCCUGAAUUGGGAAUGUCAUCUGAGAAGUAUUAGUGGGCCUACGUUAACGUAAACAUUCUGCAGUUAGUUCCGUGUUCGGUGCGACAGCAGGUCAAAAGUCAAUAAAAUACACACACCAGGUAUUUAAACGUGCAGUCACAGCCCGGGAUGACAAAGGCAGGUUGGAUUCCAACGACAGCAAACAUGGAGAUGAAGUAUUUCCUCAUGGCUAGCUUGUUCCUGGCGACCCAGCUCAGUAUUUCUCAUGCUGGAGGGGAAGCCUCGAAUCCCUCCGCCUUAGACGUUGCUCUCCAGCCGUUGUACAGGCAACUCGAGACUUUCAAGGAUCAACUGGAUGCUUUCAAAGUUUUUGCGAAGUGUCAGUGUGUACCCCCUUUGACUGAUGAAGUUCUGGCUUCUUGUCACGCCUACGUGCAGGCUGGUCGAUCUCACGGUAACGGGUAUUACAAGAUUAGGCCUACGUGCGGUGGAGCUUCUUUCGACCCUAUAGACGUGUACUGUGACCAAGAAUCGAACGGAGGGGGUUGGAUGAGGGUCUACUACAAAUCUGGCGCCCAAACUUGUCGCACGUACAGCGAGUUUACAUGGACGGGUCAGCUAAUCACCUGCCUGGGUUUGGACAACGUCACCGCGUUUGCAGUGAGCGAUGACGUCGCCACCAUUAACACGGAAAACUCGUGGAUUCUGGAGAACAGUUCGUGGGCUUUCGAGUCUUUCCGCGUGUGUGGUAACUCACCUUGCACCAGCUCUACAAAUCUCGGUAUUUCCUACGCUGACGUCAUUGCAAACCUGGCCAAGUGCCAAACGCCGUCGGGCACUGAUUGGUCACAGGCUUACGCAGGUGGUUACGCCAUGAUUGAUGGAUUUCUGUCGACUAAUGGCGAUUGGAGCAGGAUGUUCUAUGGAUGUGUGAACUCCUACCGAAAUGUAGGACAGAGUACGAGGUUGCGCUUCGGGGGCGGACCUCACCAUACUGGCGAGUUUGUUCACACAUCUUGCAACGACUAUAGCGCCAAUGUUCAAGAUGGAAACAGGGUCACGUCUCGUUGGACCACCAACAAUGUUAGAGUCAUGUGGAUGAAGAUAUAGAGUACAGCUUGAAGGAUACAAGGACGGAACCAUUGCUUUCCAGAACAGCUUUCGAAGUGAAACCAGAAAAUUACUGCAUGGUUUACGAGACAUUUUGUUGGCUAUUUUAAGAAUCUGCUCCGAAGUUUGUAGGCCUAGUUUAAUUUUCGUUCACAAAGACCCUUUCAUGUUUUCAUUAAUUUACUUUGAAUGUUAAUCACAAUUUAAGCUCGGUUCUGUUUUCGACAGCUCUCGCCGUUUUUCUUGUGCCUCAGUCAUAUAAUUUCUUUGCUUUACUUAAUAGCGAUUUUACGACAUCUGGUAAUUGUUACAUGGGUCACACGAAUGUCCUGUGAUGUGCAUGAAUGAAGACACUCUGACCAGAUGGUUAUUGGCUGGUAAAUAACGGUGCUUAGACACAUGUCCCAACAUCACAAAAUGCGGAAACCACACUAGACAGGGUUGUCUGUACAGUCAGCCGGCCUUCUUAGAGACCGGACGUAAGUCAGUGCGGAACCAGACUGAAACCAUAAGAUCUGGCUUUUACAGUUUUCGGUUCUGAAACAAAGAAGUAGGUGCUUGUCCAGAUACUUGAUCAUAUGACCAUGGAGGAAUAAAACACAUGACGUAGGAGA